AUCGCAUCACAAGUAAAUAGAAUUGCGUUUUGUUUUUCGGAAGGUAUACCUGCUCUUGGAGGGUCACUGAUCGGGAAAGACUCGUGGUGCCUAGAUGGUGAGUCACUCCAUGUGAAUUUAGACGACGUCAACGUGAGGUAUAACGUGGCCGCAGUGUGUGCGCUGGUGUCGUGUGAUGAGAGCAGUCGUACAGUGAAAGUGCAGUACAACGGUAGCGACGAAUGGCACAACUGCCCCGAAGGUGAGUCCAUCGAAGCAAAGCCACCUACGUUCAAAAGCGGCCAUAUCAAGUGUCCCAAUUACACUGAAGUGUGCACCAUUGCCUCCAACGGCAGCAGUCUUAUUACAGUGGUCGAUCCACCCACUGAUCCGACACCCCCUCCUGAUGGUGAUGGUGGUGGUGGUGGUGACAAUGAUGGUGAUGAUGCUGGUGGUGAUGGUGGUGGUGGUGGUGAUAAUGUUGGUGACGACAAUGCUGGUGGUGGUGGUGGUGGUGGUGAUAAUGUUGGUGACGACAAUGCUGGUGAUGAUGACAAUGCUGGUGGUGGUGGUGGUGGUGGUGGUCAUGGUGAUGGGUGUGCCACUGCUUCCCCCAUCGCUUUGUCAGCUCUUGCCCUCAUGGUUAUCACGCCAAUGUUAUUACCGUAA